AAAAUGUGUCUGAGUUGUUGUUUGUAUUGAGCUUGUAUUGGCAAAGUGAGCUCUGAAGCAUCAGAAACAAUUUUAUGCUUUCUCCUACUCAAUAGAUGGCAGGAUAGCCUACAGAAUAGCUGCUGAUCUCCACAACGCCAUAGAAGAAGAGGACGGAAGAGAAGAAGAAGCGGAGAAACUGAAACAACUGUUGUUGUGUGUUGAUCAUUGAAUCGACGGCUUUCUUUCAGAAUGGUGCCGCAUCGACGGUGUCCGUUUUUGUUUUACGUAAAUAUGUUAAACAUGAGUGUAGCUGCGUUAGAGCAGCAAGAUGCCCAGUUAGGUAGUAAAUGAAAGUGAGAGUGUGCAUUUUUCACGUUCACGUUCAAGGUAACAGCUAAGUGAGAUGGUCCUUAUUGGGCAGCUAACGAGCUAACCGCCUAGUUAGCUACCUAGCGAACUUGUUAUUCCUUAUAAUCUCUAUAAAGAUUGUAAGUGUACACGGAGUCGUGAUGAUCUGGAUGCAUGAAUCACAGCAGGAACAGACCAGGAUGGGCGAGGUGUUCAAAGGAGAUAGUAAGGGAAGAUAAUACGUUACAAAAGGCCAUUGCGGGACCCUGUCCAACUGAGCAAAGUAAUAGUUCACGACUAACUGUGAUUGUUGUAAUCUGUCGACAUCCUGUACACUUGGACAGUGCAUUGUUGGGAUUCUUCAAAUCACAAUCCCGAUAGUGAAGAUGAACUCUGUUAAGGGUGGCACAGUUACCUGGCGGCCACAGCCGUGGCAGGAUGCUGACAGUGGCGGAGGGGAGCCUCUCUCUGACAGCGACUCAGAAGAGGAGGAUUUUCCUGAUGACAGCACUACGCCACUUGGAGACUAUAUCACACAUGGCCUAAAGCAAUUACUUGAUGCCCAGCAGCUCUGUGAUGUCACUCUCCUUGUGGAAGGGAAGAGAUUUAUGUGUCACAGGGUUCUUCUAGCUGCAGUGAGCCCCUAUUUCCGAGCUAUGUUCACAAGCCCCCUGGUGGAGUCUCGCCUUACAGAAAUCCGACUGGAGGAAGUAACACCAGCAGUUAUGGACACGGUCAUCCAGUUUAUCUACACCGGGGAGGCUGGGCUUAGCCUGGACACAGCAGAGGACCUCUUUGUAGCAGCCAGCCGCCUUCAAGUCAUGCCCCUGCAGGACCUGUGUUCAAGGUUUCUGUUUGAGCACCUGUCUGUAGAGAACUGUCUGGGGAUGUACUCUCUGGCCCGCUCACACCACGACCAGCUGCUCCUGCGAGCCUCCCUGCGGUUGGUGGCCCAGCACUUCCCGCGCGUGGCGCGCCAGAGGGACUUCCUCCUGCUGGACCCCGGCACCCUGGGCAGCCUGCUGGAGUCGGACCGGCUGGGUGUGGAGUCGGAGACAGAGGUGUAUGACGCGGCACGCCGCUGGGCCGAGCACCAGCCAGCCGAGCGCUACACCCACAUGCCGGCGCUGCUGCGGCACCUGCGGCCGGGCCUGCUGGCCCCGGAGGAGAGCCGACGGCUGAACCAGGAACUGGGCCCGCGCGCUAGCGUGGAGGCCAUGGGCGGGCCACUGCGGCCCCGCGAGGGCAUGUACGAGAAGAAGAUUGUGUGUGUGGACCUGAAGCCGCGCGAGGACGACGGGCUGCGUGAGGAGGACUUCACAGUGGACUGCUUCGACCCACGCACGGGCAAGUGGGAGAAGCUGGCGGCGCUUGGCUCGCUGCUGUGCCCUGGCUGCACGGCCAUCGGCGGGCGUCUGUUUGUUGCCGGCGGCAUCCUGCGGCGCGGCCAGGUGUCGGCUGACGUGCACGAGUACGACGUGGUGGCCGACCGCUGGCUAUCGCGCCCGCCCAUGGCCCAGCCGCGGGCCAUGCUAGGCCUACUGGGCUGCGGCAACUCUUUGUUCGCGCUGGGCGGCUGCAACCGCUCGGCGCUGCUGGACUCGUGCGAGACGCUGGACAUGGGCACCAUGUGCUGGUCGCCGGGGCCGCAACUGCCCCUGCCGCUGCGCUCGUUUGCCUGCGCGGCGCUCCGCGGGCGCCUCUACCUGCUAGGCGGAGCCACACUGGAGCAGAACCGCGCUGUGGUGCACUCGGGCGUGCUCAUCUACCACACGGCCACAGCGCUCUGGACCCGCGUGGCUCUCGACUCUGGCGCCACCUGCCUGGCGGGAGGUGUGGCAGUGCGGGGCGGCGUGUGCGCUGUCGGGGGCUACAUGCGUGACGCCGCAAAGUUCUUGGAUGGCAACUACACGCAACUGGAGCCGCUGGACGCCACAGGGCGGGUGCUGUUCUUCCGAGAGGGACGCGGCUCCGGGGCUGAGCGAGAGGUGACCCCAAGCUUGGACCGUGGCGGGGGCAGCGACCGGGCACCAAGCCCCGUGGUCUUCCCCGGGCUGCCGCGGAGAAUCGCGGCGGGAGGCGUGGCGCGGUGGAAGCGGCGCAUCUAUGUGCUUGGCGGUGAGAAUGGCUCACGCUUCUACGACAGUGUGUACUGCUGGAAGCCAGGCUGGCGCAGCUGGGUACAGAGACGCGAGAAGCUCCCGGGGGACACAGGCGGCGUCAGCCAGUUCGGCUGCACCACCCUGAAGUUCCCGAAGAAACACAUCCUGGCCAGGCUGAGGUCCGUUCAGGAGAACAAGGUGACUGACCACAAGGGGGAGGAGAGAGUAAGGGGCCGGAGGAGGAGGCGCAAUCAAGAAACGUAGUCAUUGCACAGCGAAACCUUUUUAAAUGUCUGAAUCAUGCUUUGAAACCAGUACACUACAUUACGCUUGAAUGAGGGGGUCACAGAAAAAGCCCAGGGGCUGGACCUUUAGAAUGACCCACAGAGUAACCAAAAAUGUAUUGUUUUGGAUUACUAAUUAAAAAUAGGUUUUGUAGAGACGAACAAAGAAUUUUUGCCUGGGUCAUUGUGCUCAUGUUUGUGAGCAAAUUUUAUGGAAUGGAUUGUUCAAUAAUUUUUGGUUACAAAAAAAGCUUACAUAAUGCAUACUGGUGUCUUA